AUGGAAAGGGGAAAACGUUGCUACCACUGAAGUUGCUCAGAUUCUAGAUGAGUUCCCUGGCAUCAUGGAGGCAAAUGUCUAUGGAGUUGCGAUACCAGGUCAAGAUGGCAAAGCUGGAAUGGCAGCCAUAACCCUCUCAGUCGGCGUUGAUUCGCUAGAUUUUAAGAACCUUUAUUCCUAUCUCAGUGAUAAACUACCGUCAUAUGCACGUCCAAAAUUCAUACGAAUUACCAGCAAUAUGGACAUGACUGGCACCUUCAAACACAAGAAGUCGGAAUUUGCGAAACAGGGAUUUGAUCCAUUCCAAAUUACCGAUCCCUUGUAUUAUAUAAAUAACGAGUCGAAAACGUAUGAUAUAUUGAACGAGGUCUCGCUCUCAUCUGUGAUACAACUCAGUAGUAAACUCUAGCAAAAUGUAUUCAUGUUCAAACAACAAGCCCAGAUCACUUUCUGAUUCAAAAAUCAUGAACUUACCAAAAUAAUAUUUGAUCUAUCUAAAAUUUAAUGACAUUAAAAUGCAUAUAAUAAUAAAUCAUAUGUUUAGGCUUGUAUAUAAGCUUAUAUUCUGCUAUAUAUAAAUGUAUAUAGGCCUAUUAUUAGCAUACUGUAUAUCAAAUUAUAAAUAUUUACAUUUUUACUUACUAUACAAUAGGACCACCACGUUCCUAUUCUGCAAAUUCGAAGAAAAUAUGAAUAUACAAAGAUUGAAAUUAUAUAGCUUAGUGGUUUAGAUACUUUCCUUCUAAUAGACCUUUCCAGAGUGUCAAUCAAACUUAACAACUGACUAAUCAGAACAGCGUUAAGAAUACGCGCGCGUCUCACAAACACACGUGUUGUCCCACAAACGCACGUGUUCGCCUAUGAUUUAACACUGUCACUUUUUGUGGGACCUUAGCAACAAUAUCCAAGGGGCGGUGCUUAGCAGAAAGGUCCAUUACCAUGGUGAUACCAGGGUCAUGUUUUCAACGGACUUUUGCGGUAAGCCCCGCCCCUUGGAUAUUGUUGCUAGGGUCCCAUAAAACGAUU